GAGGAACCUCUCUGUAGAAGCAGUAGAAACUGGCAGAAGCAGCUCAAGUAGCGCCAGUGCGCUAUUAACGGAAUGAUCUUCGAGUUUUCUAUGCACAUCAUGCGUGAAACAGCGUGAAACAGAACGUACCCCUACUUGGGCAAGAGAUGAAAUGUGACCUCUAUUUAUCUGUUUUUCUGGUCUUUCUGGCAUGUCACUUCCACUAUCAUCAGCGGUCGAUUAUUACAUCUAUGAUUUUAAACAUUACAUUACUGUUGCAACAAGCUUCUUUCCAACAAUUAAAACGAAUGAGUUCCAACCUUCGAUCAAGACUAAUUAUUACUAAAAGUCUGUAUAAUUAUCGACGGAAUUUAUCCAUACAAAAGGAUGACAAAGAUCGGAUCAAUGAUGCAGAGGAAUCCCUGAUUAAUGAUUUGGCAGAACCAACUAAUUGUUGCAUGUCAGGAUGCACAAAUUGUGUGUGGAUCAAAUAUGCAGAGAGAUUAAGUAAUAUGAUAGAAAAAUCCAAUAUAGACCUGCAAAAAGCUAUCUUUGAGAAAGUGCAGGAUCCUAAUAUGAGGGCAUUUCUGGCAAUGGAAUUGAGGUGUCGUAAGUUAAUAAAAUAGUACAAAUAUAUCAUUAUGAAAUGGAAAUUGUGAAAGGAUAAUUUGGAACAAAAAAUUCAUUUGUGACAUUUAAAAGCACUAAAGAAUCCAUAGAUGGAAAAAUUGAGAUAGUUGUGUAGUAUUUUUUAUAUAGAGUGUAAAUAGGAUUCUACAAAAAAUAGAAAUAUGAUUAGACAUCAUACAUAACCAAAACCAAGAUGUAAAAUAUUCUUAAAAUAUCUGGGCAGCAAUCAUGUAAUUUUUUCCUUAGGGCGGAAACGUGAAAAGUUUCAUGUAACUAUCUCUUUUUAUUAGUGUUAAAUAGAAAGAGACAGUGACCUGAAACUUUUCAUGUUUUUGCCCUAUGGGAAAAAUUACAUGAUCGAUACCCAGAGCUGAUAUUUAUAAUCAAAUUUUAUUUCAAGGUAGUCUAAAAGACUAGCCUAAGGAGUCAAAUAUUAUAGUAACAUUGCAAUAUUCCAAUAUUGCAGAAACAUUUUGAAAAUAUUGUUGCAAUUUUUCUGGAAUAAUCUGUGCUGUAUAUGAAUACCAACUUACGAUAUCUUGAAAACCCAUACCAGACUUUAGGGAUUGCAAAUUGCUAAUUGAAGAUUAGAAUUUAAUCAAUCAGAAUAAAAUGGAUUAAAAUAAAAAUUAUUUGAUUGAUUUAAUUUUAAUCUUCAAUUCUUAAUUCUUAAUCUUCAAUGCAUAAUCUGAUAUACAAUUUAUCAAUUAUAGAUAUUAUGUCUAAGUAUUCUUGAAUACACAUAGAAUAUUAACAAACAUAUGUAUAUGAAAUACAUUUGUGUAUGUUUAUAUGUAUAUAAGUAUGUACAUAUGUAUAUAAAUAUAUUUAAUAUGUAA